GAUUCGUUUCGGUGAUGCUGGGAUAAAGGGGCGCAGCGAGCAGUGCUCCCUCCCUGCAGCCCCGCACAGCCCCGCGCUCGUCCCUCCGCAGCUGCCGGGAGCGAAGCGAUGCUCCGGGCACGGAUGAGGACGGGGACGGCUCAGCUCCGCUGCACGAUAAAGCAGCUGUUGGCCCGCUCACAGCCUGAGUAGCUCGUGGGAUGCUCUGUGGGACUGAGCGUUGAACCGCUGCCUGAUGCUCGCUGAACGAUGCCCCCGCUGCCCUUCACCCUGCUAACACCUGCUGCAAGGAUGCUGCAGACGGAGCCCCAGGGUAUGCUGCAGUGAGACGAGGUGCUCGCAGCCCCAUUGUGCACCGGUUCUCAGCAUCCAGCUCCCAGCCCACAGGUGGCUGCCAUGGAGGAGAACGCCUUCAGUGUGCAGCAGCUGCAGCCCAACGUCAUCUCGGUGAGGCUGUUCAAGCGCAAGGUGGGGGGCCUGGGCUUCCUGGUGAAGGAGCGCGUCAGCAAGCCGCCCGUCAUCGUCUCCGACCUGAUCCGGGGAGGGGCUGCUGAGCAGAGCGGCCUCGUGCAGGCUGGGGACAUCAUUUUAGCUGUCAAUGGGCGGCCCUUGGUGGACACCAGCUACGAGAGCGCGCUGGAGAUCCUGAGGAGCAUCGCCUCCGAGACCUACGUGGUGCUCAUCCUGCGUGGCCCUGAGGGCUUCACCACUCACCUGGAGACCACCUUUGCAGGCGACGGAACACCCAAAACCAUCCGCGUCACCCGGCCCCUCUGCCCUGCACCCAGAGCUGUUGAGUUGUCCAACCCCAGCCUUCACAGCCAGGAGUUGCCGGCAGCCAUGGGUUCUCUCUGGACAAAGGAGACGGGGCGGGACGUGGAGCCUGUGGUCCAUGUCAACGGGUUGGUCACCGGCCCCAAAGGGCAGGAUAGCAACAAGGGGAAGGACAGUGCCUGCAGCCAUCUCUGCCUCAACGGUGGAGUGGAAGACAACGAGCUUCUCAAGGAGAUUGAGCCUGUCCUGGACCUCCUGAAGAGCAGCAGUAAGGAUGGUGGUGGAGAUGUGCCCUGCAAGGUAGAGACAAGGGAUAUAGAAGUCCAGGUGGACUGUUUCAGGGAAGGGGAGAACAAGCUGCAGAAAGCCUUCCCAGCUCAGAUGGAGAACGACCACGCCUUUGGUGACCUGUGGGGGAAGAGCAAUGUGCCCGUGGUCCUCAACAACCCCUACUCUGAAGCAGAGCAGCCGGCACCAUCAGGGCGGCAGUCCCCGACAAAGAGCACAGCGAAUGGCAGUCCUUCCAAAUGCCCGCGGUUUGUCAAAAUCAAGAACUGGGAGACGGGCUCUGUGCUCCAUGACACUCUGCAUCUCAAGACAGCAAUGACCACCGCAUGCACUGAGCAGAUCUGCAUGGGCUCUGUGAUGACCCCGAGCCAGCACGUCCGCAAGUCAGAAGAAACCAGGACAAAAGAGGAAGUGCUCCUCCUGGCUAAGGACUUCAUUGACCAGUACUACUCCUCCAUUAAGAGAUCUGGCUCCAAGGCGCACAUGGAGAGGCUGGAGGAGGUGACCAAGGAGAUUGAAGCUACUGACACCUACCAGCUGCGGGACACAGAGCUGAUCUAUGGUGCAAAGCAUGCCUGGAGGAACGCAGCCCGCUGUGUGGGCAGGAUUCAGUGGUCCAAACUGCAGGUGUUUGAUGCUCGAGACUGCACCACAGCCCAUGGGAUGUUCAAUUACAUCUGCAAUCACAUCAAAUACGCCACCAACAAAGGGAACCUCAGAUCUGCCAUCACCAUCUUCCCACAACGGACAGACAGCAAGCACGACUUCCGCAUCUGGAACGCACAGCUCAUCCGCUACGCUGGCUACAAGCAGCCUGAUGGCACCAUCCUGGGGGACCCUGCCAACGUGGAGCUGACUGAGAUCUGCAUACAGCAAGGGUGGAAGGCACCGUAUGGCCGUUUCGAUAUUCUUCCUCUGCUCCUCCAAGCCAACGGCAACGACCCAGAGCUCUUUGAAAUCCCCCCAGAGCUUGUGCUGGAAGUGCCCAUCCGGCACCCCAAGUUCGAGUGGUUUAAGGACCUGGGCCUGAAGUGGUACGGUCUGCCUGCAGUGUCCAACAUGCUCCUUGAGAUUGGUGGCUUAGAGUUCUCCGCCUGCCCCUUCAGCGGCUGGUACAUGGGCACAGAGAUCGGGGUCCGGGAUUACUGCGACAACUCCCGCUACAACAUCCUGGAGCAAGUGGCCAAGAAAAUGAACCUGGACAUGAGGAAAACCUCCUCGCUGUGGAAGGAUCAGGCCCUGGUGGAGAUCAACAUCGCUGUGCUGUACAGCUUCCAGAGUGACAAAGUGACUAUUGUGGACCACCACUCGGCCACCGAGUCCUUCAUCAAGCACAUGGAGAACGAGUACCGCUGCCGUGGGGGCUGUCCUGCUGACUGGGUGUGGAUCGUGCCGCCCAUGUCUGGCAGCAUCACCCCGGUUUUCCACCAGGAGAUGCUCAACUACCGCCUCACACCCUCCUUUGAGUACCAGCCUGACCCCUGGAACACCCACAUCUGGAAGGGAGUCAAUGGGACGCCCACCAAGAAGAGGGCCAUUGGCUUUAAGAAGUUGGCAAAAGCUGUGAAGUUCUCAGCCAAGCUGAUGGGACAAGCCAUGGCCAAGAGGGUCAAAGCAACCAUCCUGUAUGCCACGGAGACGGGGAAGUCACAGGUCUAUGCAAAAACCCUGUGUGAAAUCUUCAAGCAUGCAUUCGAUGCCAAGGUGAUGUCCAUGGAUGAGUAUGACAUUGUGCACCUAGAGCAUGAAACCAUGGUCCUGGUGGUCACAAGCACCUUUGGCAAUGGAGACCCACCUGAAAAUGGAGAGAAAUUUGGCUGUGCGCUCAUGGAGAUGAAGAAUCCCAACUCCAACCUGGAGGAGAGGAAGAGCUACAAGGUCCGUUUCAACAGUGUCUCCUCCUACUCGGAUGCACGGAAGUCCUCAAGUGAUGGCCCUGACUCCAGGGACAACUUUGAAAGUACAGGGCCCCUAGCUAAUGUCAGGUUCUCUGUGUUUGGGCUGGGUUCACGGGCAUACCCCCACUUCUGCGCCUUUGCACGAGCAGUGGACACCUUGCUGGAGGAGCUGGGUGGUGAGCGGAUUCUGCGCAUGGGAGAGGGGGACGAGCUCUGCGGCCAGGAGGAGUCCUUCCGCACCUGGGCCAAGAAGGUCUUCAAGGCAGCGUGUGAUGUCUUCUGCGUGGGAGAUGAUGUCAACAUCGAGAAGGCCAACAACUCCCUCAUCAGCAAUGACCGGAGCUGGAAGAGGAGCAAGUUCCGCCUCACCUACGUGGCCGAGGCCCCGGAGCUCACACAAGGGCUGUACAGCAUCCACAAAAAGCGUGUCUAUGCAGCCCGGCUGAUCACACGCCAAAACCUGCAGAGCCCUAAGUCCAGUCGCUCGACCAUUUUCCUGCGCCUCCACACCAAUGGCCACCAGGAGCUGCAGUACCUGCCUGGGGACCACUUGGGUGUCUUUCCAGGGAACCACGAGGAGCUGGUCAAUGCCCUGAUUGACAGGCUUGAGGAUGCUCCUCCAGCCAACCAGCUAGUAAAGGUGGAGCUCCUGGAGGAGAGGAGCACAGCUCUAGGCGUCAUCAGUAACUGGACAGAUGAGAACCGCAUCCCACCAUGCACCAUCUUCCAGGCUUUUAAAUACUAUCUGGACAUCACCACCCCUCCCACCCCGCUGCUGCUACAGCAGUUUGCCUUGUUGGCCACCAGUGACAAGGAGAAGAAACGUCUGCAGGUCCUUAGCAAGGGCUUGCAGGAGUACGAGGAGUGGAAGUGGUCCAAGAACCCCACCGUGGUGGAAGUGCUGGAGGAGUUCCCCUCGGUACAGAUGCCCUCCACACUGCUGCUCACGCAGCUGCCCCUGUUGCAGCCCCGCUACUACUCCAUCAGCUCCUCUCCAGAGAUGUACCCUGGAGAGGUCCAUCUCACUGUGGCUGUGGUCUCCUACCGCACUAGAGAUGGAGAAGGCCCUAUCCAUCAUGGAGUCUGCUCCUCCUGGCUCAAUAGGAUCCAGAGUGACGAGGUCGUGCCCUGCUUUGUAAGAGGGGCUCCCGGGUUCCACCUGCCGCAGGACCCCCAGGUGCCCUGCAUCCUCAUUGGCCCCGGCACCGGCAUUGCCCCAUUCCGGAGCUUCUGGCAACAGCGACUCUUUGAAAUCCAGCACAAAGGCCUGAAGCCCUGUCCCAUGGUUCUGGUGUUUGGGUGCCGGCAAUCCAGGAUUGAUCACAUCUACAAAGAGGAGACGCUUUUUGCCAAAACCCAAGGUGUCUUCAGAGAGCUGUACACAGCCUACUCCCGGGAACCGGACAAACCAAAGAAAUACGUGCAGGACGUGUUACAGGAGCAGCUGGCCCAAACGGUGUACAAAGCGCUGAAGGAGCAGAGAGGCCACAUCUACGUCUGUGGGGAUGUCACCAUGGCUGGGGAUGUCCUCAAGACCGUUCAGCGCAUCGUGAGGCAGCAGGGCCAGCUGUCAGUGGAGGAGGCAGGCGCUUUCAUCAGCAAGCUACGGGAUGACAGCCGGUACCACGAGGAUAUUUUUGGAGUCACCCUGCGCACGUACGAAGUGACUAACCGCCUUAGAUCCGAGUCUAUUGCAUUCAUCGAGGAGAGCAAAAAAGAUACGGAUGAGGUUUUCUGCUCCUAACUGGACCCUUCGCCCCAAGGGAUGCCCAACCAGUCCCGGCACCUGCUGCCCACUCCCGCCGAGGGCACUGGGUUUUGUAUUUCAUGGACACGGUGGCUCCUUUUCCGGGGGAACUGCCCAUGGAAAGCACUCUGUCUCUUGUCCUGUUGUUGUGUCAUGAUGAUGAUGAUGAUGAUAAUUUUUAUUGCCUUUUCUUCCUCUUUCUCUUGCUCUCUCUCUUGUCCUGUGGUGGUUUCUUUUCAUCCCCUUUCCCUUCCCCUGAUUUCCCCACUGAAGUACGAUGGCUUUAUAAUUUGCAGUGGCUCUUAACAGAACUUCCUGUUUCUCCAUCCUCUCAUGAGGGCAUUUUGCAGCUGCAUGAAAUCACCAUUUUUGUGACCAUUUGCGUUUUAGUGUUCUGGGGGCAAGCAGAGUGGCAGGGGCUGGGUGCUGGCUGGCUCUCGCUGCUUUAUGGGAGCUGGGGGCUGUUCCCUCAGCCCCAAGCUUGGGGCUUGGCUGAAUCCUGGCAUUUAUUUUGCUUUCUUUUGGACUUGUUCAGGCCUGGGCACGAUCCCAUGGCUGGGGGCAGUCAAUGUGCCAUGUCCUCGUGCCUGUGAACUUUGCUCAUCCCCACCCAGCCUGGGUGCAAACGCAUCUGUAUUGAGCCAGAAGGCAGGACGUCUGCAGUUCACGUGUCGUAGUUUCUCCUAAAUGCACUCUGCGCUGUUUGCCUCCUUCUCUGCUCCCCUUUCCCCCUAAGUCUCUCCUUUUGCUCAGUCCCCACUUCUGCUGGCAUGAAAGUCCUCCUGCUGAAGAGCAAGCGCCGAACACACAGGCUGAUGUCUGUGCUAGGGAGAAACUCGUGGCAAUGAGUGCUGCUUCGCCAGGCUGUCCUCCAAAAGGCUUUGCAGGAGAUUUGCAAUCUGCAGCUGUGAUGCUGGGGGCAGAAAUUCAGCUGCAUCCUUGAGCUUUGCACACUGUGAACGCUUGAACCCUCUCCCAGGUGACACUGGAAAGCCACCAGGAGGGAAGAGAAGCAGCUUCAACCCUGGGUGCAGGAACACCUCCAUGUGGGAAGGCAGAACUUGGAGGGCUACAAAGGCUCCCACCACCUGGUCCCUGCUGAGGCUGUGCUGACAGAGGGUUCCUGAAAGCACGGAGAGCACCAGUUCCACCUUAGUGCAGUGCUGUGAGCAGUUCUGGGACAGCAGAUCCCAACCUCAUUCAUGGCUUCAGGAGCAGCAAGUGCCAGCAUGGAGUGACCUGCCUGCCAAAUAAAUAUAUGCAGCAUCUCGGUGGCAAGCCUUGUCCCCUCUUGCAGGCUGUGUGCCACCUGCCAGCAGCACAAGCUGUCUCUGCUGGGAUGUCUCGCUGACCUGGAGGUGAGAUGGACUGCAAGGCUGCUGCGUGACUCUGGGCUCUGCCACGCUCACACCUCAGCCCGGCUGCAAAACUGCAGCCCCACAAAUGAGCCGUUGGCGCUGUCACAGAAAUAUAUCGAUCCCUUUAGUGGAGGAGAGCUGUCAGAGAGGUAAAGCAAGCACGACCUUGUGUGUACUUGUUCCCUCACUCCCUACUCGCCCUCAGGAGGGUUUGUCCUCCGUCACUGCAGGGCAAGGGGCUCUGGGCAGCUACAGCCCUUGCUGGAGGCAGGGACAUGGGGCUGGUGUUGGAGCUGAUCCUGUCCUCCUGUCCCCACUCUGCUGUGCUGUGAACUGAAGCUUGUAUGGAAAAAAGCACCCGUACCAGUGACAGCAGGGGGCUUGUUCAGGAGCUGUAACGUAGAGCUUUGCUUUCAGAGGGCUAGGAUUUGCUGUCCUAAGGCCAAGUGGGAACAAAAAGAGCUGCAUGAGGCUUGUUGCUCCCUCAGCCCGUGGUGCAAGGCACGCUGGCUCCCCUGACAUUGCAGGUACCAUGCGCUCAGCCUGCUGCCCUUUCCUGCUGCUUGGCCAGCCGUAGCUGAGAGCUCAACUCCCUGGGUGCUUGAAGCAGCUCCAGUUCAAGAGCCAGGUGGAAACGGCACCGGAGACCCAGGUCUCAGUUUUGCACUUAGCAGGGCAUGAAAUGUGAAGGAAUGCUGCCACGGUGUGGCCAGAGCCGAGCUCGUUAAGAUGGCAGGUGCAAGGCCAGGUUUGUGGCACUGCCUAGGGACUUGGGGAUGUGGAGGUGAAUGCUGGACAGGAUGGGAUGACGAUUACCCCCUGGUCCUCCUUUAGGGCCUGUGCCCCGGUCCUAGGGCAAGUAGUGGGGUGAGAUAGCUGGGUCCCUUUUUGCUGGGAUGUGUGAAUUCAGACAGGUGUCCUGCUGAUGGGAUCCAAACCCCUGGCUCUAGACCUGUGUACAUACAGCAAACCUGACCCUAAACCCACAUCCCAUGGCUGCAGAAACAGAUCUAAAGAACAAAUUCACAUCACAUCCCUGCCUUGAUUCUGAUUCUGGCUCUAGACUUUGUGCUCUGCUCCUACUUUUAACAGAACUGGCGACACAACCUGAAUAGGAGGGUGUGCCCAAAGAAAUGCCCUUGUCGUCUUCCUUCCAGCUCAACCUGCGUUGCUGGCAAUUAGUUUUUUUCCAGUCCUGCCUUUGGCCUGUAUUGCUUUAACAUCUCCCAUCUGGAAGUCCUAUUGCUGCUCCAGUCAUUGGCUGAGAUGAAUUGGCUUGCUCUUCCUGCGCCCCAAAACCUGCUGUCUCCAUCUCCUGCUCCAGCAGAGAUACCAGUGAAAGCACUGGGAAGCACAAAAGAGGGAACAGGGCAUGUGCCUUGCCUUCAGUGGGACUUCCAAAAGGGCAGACAGCUUUGGCUGUCUGAAGCUCGAUGGUUAGGUGAGUCCUUCAUAAUCCUUCCGAAGAGAAAUGCUGCUUGAAGGGCAGCCUGCCUGCCUGGCUCUGCCACAAAGGUCCACAGAACUGUACAUCCUGCAGGACUCCAAGAUGCCUCUCCUCUCCCUCUGCCUCAGUAGGACCAUUCGCUCCUCACAAGCCGAAUUACUGGGAAUUCUGAUUCAUUGCAUUUUGCCAAGUCAGUUCAGAUGUCUUAACUCCCCCUUCAUCCCUUUAACCUGCAAAGGCUUCGCGCUCCCCUUCGAGUUUAAUUUUCUCCCACAGUGCAGGGAGAAAUAAACCUGUGGAUCUGCUUUAUCAUUCAUUCCACAAAUGUGGCUCUUCCACCAGUUGUCUAGACUCUGCUCAUCUCAGUGUGACAUGUCUGACGCGUGGGUGUAGCCACGGUAUCUCCAUCAUGCACAAACAGCAGGGAGUGCUGCACACAGGUGCUCUGAGCUGCCCAGGGUGUCACACCAGGAUGGACCAUGCCUUUUGGGCAUUCAGGUCACAAAUGUCACUGCUGGCUGCCUGCUGCCCUGUCCCAUGCAGCUCCUGCAGCAAGGGGACACAGGACCCAACAGGCUCCUGGCCCAACCCAAUCCCUGUCCUGGAGGAUGCCCACCACUGCUGCCUGUUUUGCAGCACUUCAGCUCCUUUUGCUCCCCAGAGAUUAAACACAAAGAGGGUCUUCUCUAAAUGGGAGAUUGGAUUUUCAAGAUGCUACCAAGUGAGGGUUUUGUUUUGUUUUUCUGCAGAGAUUUUAAUUUGUAAGUUUCUCAGAUGUCCACAGAAAGUUAUGUACCAACUUGAAAAUUCAUGGGAAAUGGUUCUGUGUUUUCUCAACCUGCUGUGUCCAUUAGCAGGGGAAAAUAAGUUGUUCGUUCAGCACAAGGGUACCUGCUGCCUGUGUUGUUGAUGACUUCAAAGGUUUCAUCUCCCCAGAAGGACUGCUUAGGAGUUUGCCGUUCUUCUUUCUACUGCUAUCUAUGAGAGACAGCGGGAAAAUAAUGAGACUUCUCUCAUCAGGAUCAGACUUGCAAAGACAACACACUCGACAAUCAUCACUGGGUAGACCUAAGCUCACUGUGCUGGAGGAAUCAAGGCAGUUGCAUCCAUACUGGCCAGAGAAACAGAGUCUAAGGCUGGGCAGCCAUGCUCCCUGUCCCUGUCCUGUGCCUACACUCCCCAGUGACAAGCAGGGGACUGCGUCCACACUCAGAUAUCUCUGUGCAUGUCUAGGAAAAUUGCAGUUGUGUCCUGAGCAAACAUGAUUGCUCCCGUGCAGAAAAGGAGCUGUGAAGAGACAGCAGUCGCAUGAAGCUGUGUCCGAUCUAAAUGGGAUUGCUCUGCUGGUUCACUUGCUGUUAGCGUGCAAUGCCUCUCACCUGCUGUAGGUUCCUUGCACCAUCUCCCCCGGCAGAUCCUUCCUCUCUCCUCCCCAGCCCUGUCUGCCUGCCCAAAAGGCACAGCUGGGUGAGGGCAGGUCCUGGGGACGACAGCAGGCGUGUAGUGCCUUGUGCUAGGAAGAGGUGUUGAGGGUGCACUCCAGUUCCUUCUCUCUUCAGAGCUGCUCCAAGCACACAGAGACUGGAGGCUGAGAGGAACGGAUGACUUCAUAUCACAAGUGAAAACCUUGGUGGGUAGAUUCCUUAUGGGAUCACUGAGCGCAAGCUAUAAACUCUGCUGUGCUCUGUGGCUUUCUUUUGGUGGGGCUUCAUAGCGGUAUGAAGACAGGGCAGAGUUAGAGUGUGGGUGCAAACUGGACACCAUCUUCUGCACAUACUGCUGAUUGGUGAGCACCUACCACACUUUGAAGGCCACGUUCUCAUUAUGCUGUUUAGAGAAGGCUGUGUUUCUGAUGAAGCUUUGUGGACCUGCACUAAGCCUGAGCCCAAGCUGCUGCCUUCUGACAUAGUACUGAAGACAUUACAGACCUUUGAUUUAUACCUAUGGGGAAGCUGUGGAGAGUUCCCAGCAUUUUUUGAAGGAAAUUUUAUGCUCAAAACUAAAUUUUGUUCCUGUCUUCACUGGGGACCAGUUCUCAGCUUCAGAAUUGCUCUGAUAACUUUGCAAUUGCUUUGAUAGUUCCAGAGGGGCGUGCAGUCUCUUUACAGAACAGAUGGAGACACGCUUACAGGACUAUUCAACUCUUCUGUAGCUCUGUCUCUGUUAGAACAAUUUCCUCUGCUAUAACAGGAGGAGCAAAAUCUGGACAGCAUUGAAUGCUUGGAAAAUUGAAUUCCCAAACUCAGACAAAGUUGGUCUUGCAUCUGAGUCCUUCCAGGUACAAAAUGCCAUCCACAACCACUGGCUUCUGUGGUAUUGGGGAUGUUCAGCAGCUUGCAGGAUAAGGCUUUCACAGCAGCAGUGGCAGCAGUUUCAUGAUGGCAGUGUUUCUGCGCAUGUCAAUCUGCACUUGCACUUGCCUGCAAUGCAUGACUCUAGUAUUCCAUUUGAAAUCUACCCUCAACAGGGAGAUCUGAGCCCUAGCUUCUUCCAUAUGGUUGUGUGUAUUUCAUAGGAAUUCAGGGGAGCUGGAGAAAGCUAAUGAGAUUGCUGCUUUAAAGCACUUGGUUCAAGAAGUAAAAUAGAUCUUACGGAGGUUGAAAUUGGCUUGACUUGAGCAUGGCUACAAAGACAACUCGUGAAAUAUUUAAGCAGUGUAAUGCAGGCUUACCUGUAUCCUGCUGCGAGAGGAAUAAAGCAGACUGGAAAGUCUUGGCUUCCACCCCUACAGAUGUUUCCAGUGAAGGCUGUGAUGGAAGUUUGAGCCAUCAAAAUCACUGGGAAAAAAAAACAAAACAACCGAACAGGUUGUGAGUUCAUAGCUGAGCAGCUGCAGCUUGUUUACCAGUGCGAGUGCCUCACUGUGAGUGCUGCUGUUUUCUUGCCUACUCAUUCAUGUGCCUACCUGGCUAGAUUUCAGGGAGGAAGGAGGGAGCAAACACAUCAAAAGUGAGAUGCAUGAGCUUUGCCUUCAGCACCCUCUAUUUAAUAGGUGCCUGCAGGCCAAGGCUUUGCAGCUGCUCUUCAUUGCCAUGGCAGGGCAAGAUGCUGGGGGCUCCUCUGGGACCCGCAGGCUGAGCUUGCAGCAGUUCUAGGGCUGAGGCACAGAGCUGGGCUGCAGGUACUCUGCAUGGCCUGACUGCAGAGCUGGCACACAGUUCCAUAGGGCUAGUGCAGAAAUCCGCUAGUGAAUAACGCAGAACAAAGUGCUUUUCUUCUAGAGGCAUUUUUAAUACUUAAAAAAAGGAAAAGGCUAAAUACUGCAAAAGCCAUUCAAAAAGACCAAGUGAUCUGAGAGUUCUUUUUGUUGCUUUGGAUGAAACUGAGUAUUUUGUCCCCACAAUAAUUGCUAAUGUAGACUUUAUAAUUUUCCACAGGCAAUAAAACUGCCUUAAUAUGCAUUCAAAUCUAACAAGAGGCAUUAGUGCCACCUGCUUUCAAAUGUGGUUUUUGUUUUUCUGUUUGUAUGAUCAUGGUAUGAAACCAUGUCUUAAUAGAAUAUGUUUUACAGUACUCACCAGGAUGUCUGGAAAUAGAAGAUGUUUCAGCAUCUCCACGUGCUCAGCAUUGAAGUGAUGGCUUUGACGCCAAUGAAAUUCAGUGCAAAAUGUCUGCUUUGUUGGAAUUCUACAAAAUAGGUGUAUAUCCAGAAUACCUACGGUUAAAUGUGCCCUGCUGUCUUGAGAUGCCUUCAAAAACCCUGGGAUCUAUAUGCUAAAAAGAGCUUGAGAAUAGGUUCCUUUAGUCUGUAGCAACAUCCUGAGUUCUUCUACACUGCACACAACUCCCCAGGCAGCAGACAAAUAGUGAGAUGACUUUCAGCCAGGACUCAUUGCUUUUUAGAUUGCAUGUAGUUAGAAACAUGAGUGCUGCCAUCCACCCAGGGAAUUUGAUAUUCAGUGCCAAUUAAUUUUUGUAAUAGGAACAGGGAUUUCUUCUCCUGAUUCCCUUAAGCACCUCUGGAAAGCAUAAGCCUCAAAGAUUGAUUUGUUGUUUCUUUGUUUUUUGGUUUUUUUUUCUUUCUUUUUGUUUGUUCUGGUGGCCUUUUUCCUAAAGAACAGUGGUUCCAAGCUGAGAAAGGAGACCACUCUGUGCAGGGCAGUAGCUUUGGGGCAGGCAACUCCCGACAUUUCCAUUGCAGAGGUUUACUAAACUCUUCAGCUGUGGGUGAAUUCUGCUCUGCUGGAUGGGACCCCAAUUUCUCUCCCCUCCCUGGUCCUCCUGCUCCUCCCUCCCUCCCCUCAGCGCCUCCUCAUGUCACCGUGCCUUCAUCUGGUCAAUAAAAUGAUGCCACGAUUUCAGACCGGUGCAUUGACUUUCAUCUCACUUGACAUCCCAUCAGACACUGGAGAGGGGUGGUUUAUCUUGCAGCUUCUCGUGCGAUUCUAAGGUAGGUUUCUUCUGAGGAGUGAAGGGGUACGGGCAGUGGGAGUGAGGGCGAAGCAGUGUUGUGUUUGAUCAUACCAGUGCUUUAAGUGGUCAGAAACAUGGUUUUCCCCUACCUCUGAGCUCUCAAUGCUGCUAAUAUCUCUGCCAUUCGUACUAUGUACUCCAGCCCCCUCUCUUGGACUGACUCUGGCUCUGUUUGCAAGAUAUCCACAUUGUUCUAAAGCAUGCACCUUUCUGUAUAGUUCCAAUCUUACGAUUUUAUGGAGUACUUAUGCCUGUUUGCAUUACAGUCAAAUUAAUAAUAAUAAAUAACUAAAACACAA